AUGGUCGGGUUUUCGCGACUGCAUAAAUUAUGGGAUGGCACUGCUCUUCCAAACUGCAUCUGUCCAUUCGACGGUCAGUACGAAUCGAGGAGAUACAGAUUGAUGAAUCUUUAUGAGUCUGUCGACUGCGGCUGUUGGAUGAGGACAACUGAUGGCCAUUUUCUGUUGUUCUAUUUCACCUCCAAAAGCCAGCUGCUACUCCAUCUUCCCUUUUAAUUGGGUAACUACACCUUCACCAGUUGCUUGUCGUCAUUACGGCUUCGGUGUCUCUCCUCUUGCAUCUCCUCUUUUGUGCCUCCGUCGGUCCUUCUGUCUGUUUGCACGGUUGUAUGCCUCUCGGGUUUCGUGGUUGAGGUUUGCCGUGUGUCCGUUCGCAUGUAUGAGUCGUGCGAGACAAUCACCAUCUCGAAUGUGUUAAAAUCAACUCGUCUUCUUCGCAUUUUACGAGUAGCCAGGCGCAUCCAAAUCUACAUGGAAUAUGGUGUGGCUGUUAUGCUCCUGCUGAUGGCAACAUUCACGUUGGUUGCACACUGGCUUGCUUGCAUCUUUUACGCCAUCGCCUACGUUGAACGCGAUGGAUUGCAUGCCAAGGUAUCCCUUUCACUAAAGUUACCCAUUUUCGAACUUGACACUCUCUCUUUAGCCUAUACAGACUGA